AUGAAAUCAUUGUUGUUAUUGUUAUUGUAUGUCUUUAUAACACUAUCAACAACUGUUGAUGCUACAGAUACUCCUUCCUCAAUCGAAUCAUCAUCAUCCUCUUCUUCUACUUCAUCUUCUUUGUACACUGAUUUAUAUUCAACAUUAUUACCAACUAUACUUUUAGAACAUCAACAACAACAAAAUGAUCAUAAUAAACCAACAACACUAUUGACUACUACUACUACUGGUCAAUGGAAAAGUUAUUAUAAUGAAUGUACAGAACAUGAUGAUACACUUGUCAAAAAAUUAAAUAGAUGUCAACAACAACAACAACAACAUCAAACACUUAAAACACUCAAAUCGAUAACAACAAUCAAUUCAAACUAUGGAUGUACAUAUUGUACGAUGAGAUCAAUCGAAGAUAGAAUGCAAGCAUUCAAAUAUUACUUUUCAUCGUAUUUGGAGAGUCAAGAGAAUGCAACCAAUGUACUAUAUAAUGUGAUGACUAGAAAAAUAGUUAAUCCAUACACACCUACUGUCAUUUUGUCGGCAGGUGAUCAUGGUGUUGGAAAGACAUCGUCGGCUAGAAUAAUGUCAAAGGUAUUGUUUAAAGUACAAAAGAACGAUUUGGAUGGUGAUGGACAACUCUUGGUCGACUCUGAGAGCUAUAAAAAAGUAACAAAAGGUGACGAAGCAUCGAUACGUAAUGCUCGUAACCAACUAAAAAAUAGAAUACUCGAACAACUUGCCGGUUGUCCUCAGUCUGUCAUUAUUCUCGACGAGAUUCAAAAGAUACAUCCAUUGGUACUAUCGGUAUUGGAACCAUUCUUUGAAGGAUUGGAUGUUGAUGGAGUGCCAACCAAUCAAGCAAUCUAUAUACUCACAUCUGACUUUGAAAAGGAAGGUGUCACUAGAGAUAAACCACUAGAUGAACUCAUUCAUCUUAUAAAGACCUAUUCAAAUAUAAUCUAUCAAGACUUUAAGAUUAUGUCACUAGUCACUGACAUUGCACCAUUUAAACCAUUGGAACGUUCUCAAUUUGAUCGUGUCAUUGAAAAGCAUAUGAUUUGGACGUUUUGUAAUAGAUUGCGACCACUCGGUCUGACAGACAUGAUCAUCAGUCAACAAAAACAUAGAAAACACAAAGAUGUUGUUGCAUUCAAUCAGAUGAUGUUUGAUAAAAUGACAUUGCUCUAUAGCAAUGAAAAUUUUAGAGCACUCGAGAAAUCGCUACAAAGAAUCUAUGACCACAUUGAAACACAUCUUUUAUCCAACCACGAACGCAUCUCUACAAAGCAUCACUAUAAAAAUGAAUCGGAAGAUUUACAUCUUGGUCCAUUCACAGUACCAAACCACAAGUAUUGGAAUCAAUAUUCAAAAAUAAUUUUAAUUAGCGUUAAUAUUCCAACAACAACAAUGGAAGAAUCAAGUUUAAUAACAACAACAAAUAAUAAUAAUAAUAAUAAUGUAGAUGAAAAAACAAAGGCAGAAAAGAGAAUAAUUUAUUCAAGUGAUUUACAAUACGACUAUUACGAGUUGAAGGAGUUUUAUAGAGGUUUAUUUUGGAAUCCAUUCUCAAAUCCAACACUUUUUAAUAUUAGUAGUUCAACAACAACAACAACAACAACAACAACAAAGACAACAAAGACAAAAGAAACAAAAUCCAAAAAUAAUAAUAAAAUUAAAGAUGAAUUAUAA